UUGAGCGUAGUACGUACACGGAACCACAAAAUGUCGGACACGGAGCAGCUCUUGUGCAGCUUGUUGAAGACUAUCGCCACUGAACACGAUUACAAAGACUGUGAAACUAAACUGCAGUCGUUUUCCACGGAAGCGGCCAACCACACUUCUCAACUACAUCAUAUCACGCUAUCCGCAACAGGGAAGGAUGACCUCAAACUGUUUGCAAAAUCGGCUAUUGUCAACGAAAAUAUACGGGCUCAAACGCAAUUCGAGAUAUUCGAGACUGAAAUGUUUUUCUACUCGGAAUUGCUCAAGCAGUUUCAAGAAAUGGAGAAACACCACAACGUCCCGACAGAGCAUAGGCUUGCCACUGUAAAAUUCUACGGCUGCAAUAGGGAACACCUGAAAGAAAUUCUAGUACUGGAAGAUUUAUCGGCACAGGGCUUUGAUAUCUACGAUAGAUUGAAGAGUUUUGAUUGGAAUCACGCCUCCAAAGCAGUCACAGAACUCUCCAAAUUACAUGCUCUAUCUAUCGCCUAUAGCAAAGAAUACCCUGAGAAAUUUGAUGCACUGUACACGAAGCUACACAAAGAUAUAGACAAUAUCAAGAGCUUUCUGCAGAUCAUUAUAAACAAGACUAUGAUGGUUAUCAAAGGAGAAAACAAAGUCAAAGUAGGAGCGUUCCUUCAGAAGGUACAAUUUGAUGAAUUCAAGAAAUUCCACAUGCCAUCACGUCGGCCUGUAAUUGCACAUGGAGACUUUAGAGCCAGUAAUUUAAUGCACAGAACACGAGAGGACGGGCAGUUAGAAGUGGUGAUUAUAGACUACCAGAUGCUUCAAAUCUCCAACCCGAUCGUUGACCUGAUGUACUUUAUCUUCACCGGAUCUGACGAAGAGUUUCGUGCUAAACACUACCACCAACUCCUCGACCAUUACUACUUGGAACUUUGCAACGCUCUUACCAGGUUGGAUGUUGACUCUAAUGAGGUGUACCCAAAGGAAGAUUUUGAAUGCGAAUUGAAAAAGAUCCAGCCAUACGGUCUGAUUAUCAGCUUACUGUUGCUGCCGAUGGUGACCGUUGAUGAUGGGAACGUUCGAAAAUUGGACGUCACUGAUGACAUCAACGAUUUAGCGAUUAAUCCAAACGAACUCGCAGCAACUAGAUUGAAUGGAGUCAUCAAUGACUAUGUUAGGCUAGGAGUAUUGUGA